AUUUCACAUCACCAUCGAUCAUCAUCCCUUUGCUAUACUUUCCCAAAAGUAAAAAAUUGCAUAAAUUUAUAUUUUCUAUAUUCCACCGGACUGUAACACUAAACUAUGCUAAAAUUUCCAACUUCAUUGAUGUAAAGAAUCUAAAAAAACAAAACCACUUUAGCUUAAGUUGUUAACUAAUUAAGGUCACUAAAAAACUUCGUCGUUGUUUCACUUCCUAUUCAAACAACAUAAUGUACAAACAAAGUGCCACCAAUUUAUUGGAACUCCCCGAAGCCGAUGUCAAAAAAUGGCUUAAUUCAUUUGAUUCAAUUUUAACUGAUUGUGAUGGUGUUGUCUGGCUAUUUAACAAUCCUAUCGAAGGUGCCGUUGACACUAUUAACAAAUUCAAAGAAAUCAACAAAAAGGUAUUCUUUUGUACAAAUAAUUCCACUAAAACCCGUCCCGAAUUGCUUGAGAAAGCAAUUCGAUUGGGAUUCAAAAUGAAUAAAGAUGAGAUUAUAUCGACUGCUCAUGCGGCAGCGGCUUAUCUUAAGAAUAGGAACUUUAAUAAAAAAGUUUAUGUUAUUGGGAGUGAGGGAAUUACUAAGGAACUUGAUGCAUUCGGGAUUGAACAUUGUGGAGUUGGGCCAGAUCCUAUCUCCUCGUCUCUGAAUCAGUUUGUGGCGGAGGACCUCAAACUUGAGACAGGAAUUGGAGCUGUUAUUGUUGGUUUCGAUGAGCAUAUAAGUUUUCCAAAGCUUACCAAAGCUGCUUCGUAUUUAGAUGACCCCGAAUGCAUUUUCCUAGCUACAAACACUGAUGAGCGUUUUCCAAUGCCAAAUUAUGUCAUUCCUGGAACCGGUAGUAUUGUUAGAGCUGUAGAAACUUGUGCCGAGCGGGACUCCAUUUUAAUUGGAAAACCAAAUCCAAAUAUAUGUGAAUCAUUGAUAAGGGAUGGAAUUAUUGUUCCUGAGAGGACAUUGAUGAUUGGUGAUAGAUGUAAUACAGAUAUAUUACUUGGAACAAAUUGUGGAUUUCAGACUCUGCUGGUCGGUUCUGGAAUUCAUCAAUUACAUCAUGUUAAAGCUUGGAUGGAUGAUGGUUCGGAAGAGUCGAAAAAACUUAUUCCUGAUGUUUUUUUACCCAAGUUGGGGGAUCUUCUUAAGUUUAUGUAAACAAAAAAAUAGAUUUUAGACA